CACCAACCCUAAUGCGAGCAGAUACACCACAUCUCUUUAGUAGUAGUUCGGUUUAUUGUGUAUAUCCUUGUCCAUCAGUCAUUUAUAUCCACUAGAUGAAUUGAAGCCUUACAAGCUACACAAUUACAUCUAGCUUCCGGGUCCCCCACCAAGUGAAAUCUUCGAAUGCCAGUCUCUCUACCUCGUAAUGGCUCGAAGAUCCAGGUUAGAUAAGAGUGAUACCAGUGCAGCUGGGCCUGCUAUCGCGAGCAACGAUGAAUUUCCACCUUUGCCAUCGCAGGUAGUGAUCACCAAACCUUGGGAGGAUGACGCCUCUGAGCCACCAAUGGUUGAGGCCACUCUUGAUGGGCUUCCAACGGAACUACUACUAAAUAUCAUUGAAAAUCUACCGGCUCUGAACCUCAAAGAUUUCCAACUUGCAACCCUUCUUAGUCUGUCACAAACGAACCGCCACUUCUAUCAUUUGGUACAGCCGUCACUCUAUGCUGGAUAUAACAGCUUCUUCUGUAACCCUUACUUGUUUCUGCGAACGGUAAUGUCGAACCCUGUAGCAGCGCAGAGGGUCCGUAACCUCAACUUGAAUUAUGGGACUGGUGUCCACGAGGACCGAAAGCAAUACCAUCCAACCCUGGAAGACAAAAGGACACUCAAAGGCGGAUUCAGGGGUUUGGGCCUGCUAGAUUGGAAGACUUGGGCGACUGAAUGCAACGAGGAUGGUGUGGAACAGGAAAUACUAUACGCCGCUAUCUUGAUGCACACGCCAAACGUCACAAGCAUAACAGUAGACGAUGGAAAAACACCUUAUCAAACUCCGAAGUGGAUUGAGCUGAUGGGCCAUGCAUUAUCAGGCCGCUCUUUCGAAGGCAUGCACAAGUUCCCGCAUCUUCGCUCAGUCUCAAUUGAUCUGGGCGGACUGCGGCUACGCCAACUGUCCACCUUGUUUCGAGUACCUUCCCUUCAACAGCUUAAAUUAAUCGGCUUGGUGGAGACUGCUAAGCCAGCUGGUGAAAAGAAGGUUCUGAAAUGGCCCAUUGCUAAUGGAUCAUCCCACAUCACGCAGCUCAUUCUCCAUGAUUGCUGGCUUGAAACAGGCGUUUUGACAUUGUUGGUCAACAGUUGUCGUGCACUAGAGCAUUUACACUACACUCACCGGGACGAGAGAUGUUUCUACCAGAACGGACGGAUGUGGUGGGAUCAGGAAGGUGGCGCCGAUGAGUCCCUUCAUUUCGAUUCUGUCUUUGAUUUAAGAUCACUUAGCGACUCACUUACUCGACAUCGUAAAUCUCUCAGGAAAUUACACCUUGAUAGCGAAGACCAUAUGACCAGCGGUCGCUUACACGGGCUACGAGACUUUCCGAAACUGGAGGACGUCCGAAUAUCAAUCAGUGGCUUGAUAGAUAUCUCGCUAAGUGCUCUGAAACGAAUCGCCACAGUGCAGCCUGAUUCAUUGAUCGAGAACUUACCGCCGUCUCUCUCCGAGCUUGUACUUGAGAUGAACUGGAUUGAAAAGAACAAGAGGCUCGCGAGUGGUCGUGCGGUGGAGUAUCUUGCGGCCAACUGCUUGGAAAUGCUUCCCUUGUUGAAGAGGGUGUCGAUCCUCUGUGACGUUGCGCCGUUUGAGGCUGCUUUUAAGCGCGUACCAACUUUGUUUUCAGAGGCUGGUGUAGUGUUUCGGGCGAGCUUCAAGGAUGUGAAAUACCAGCGUGGAAUUGUCGAGGAAGACUCCGAUGAUACUUCUGAUGAGAGUAUCGAACUGAGUGAGUUUGAGUCUGAAUCUGAAUCUGAAGGAUCUGGUUCCGAAUAAAAUGAGUAUCUUGACAUGAUGCCCAAGGCAUGAGAUCAAGACCCGUAAUGAUUAGAGCAUCAUCCAUGCGAAUAGAGUGUGUAUGGUUUUCACAAUAUUGAAAUACAGGCAGCAAGUAUGUAAUGGUCGAAUUUCGCAUAAAGUUUCAUUUUCUAGUAGUUUCCACUUCUCUCAAUCACAAAACCCCACCAGUGGCGCGGAGUUUUGCUGACAAGCUUGAGCGAUUGCAAGCUCGUACGACUUCACGGCCACAUUGUAUUGCUUGACGGAAUAUAUGGUUGAGAGAACACCAAAUAAGAUCGUUAAAAAGAACACACCAAAGAUAG